UACCAUCUUCUUCAUUCUUUUGCAUACCAAAAAUGGUGAAAUCUCACAUUCUUUUGUUACUGGCUUUCUGCUAUUUUCUUAUUGAUGUUGAAUCUUUAAUUGCUUCAAGUUGGACUAAAGGUCAUGCCACGUUUUAUGGAGGCAGUGAUGCUUCAGGAACAAUGGGGGGUGCUUGCGGUUAUGGUGAUUUGUACUCAGCUGGAUAUGGCACAAGAACCGCGGCACUAAGUACUGCUUUGUUCAACCAGGGUGCAGCUUGUGGCCAAUGCUACAAGAUCGCAUGUGAUCGCAAGGCAGACCCUCGAUGGUGCAAGAAAGGAUCUGUAACCAUUACCGCAACUAACUUUUGCCCACCGAAUUUUGCUGGUCCUGGAGGGUGGUGCAACCCACCCCUCCAACAUUUCGACAUGGCUCAACCCGCUUGGGAGAAGAUUGGCAUUUACAAGGCCGGAAUCAUUCCCGUUAUUUUUAAAAGGGUACCAUGCAAGAGACAUGGUGGAGUUAGGUUUACGAUCAACGGAAGAGAUUACUUUGAGCUUGUUUCAAUAACGAACGUUGCUGGAGCCGGAUCAGUUCAGUCGGUGAAGGUGAAGGGGUCUAGAACUGGCUGGACACCAAUGUCAAGAAACUGGGGUUCUAACUGGCAAUCAAACUCGUACUUGAAUGGCCAAUCUCUCUCGUUCAUGAUCACAACCACUGACGGGGUGACAAGAACUUUCCUAAACAUCGUCCCAUCAAAUUGGAGAUUCGGUCAAACCUACUCAAGCCGAUUGCAAUUCUAAAUGUAUUUCUAAGAUUUUGGAUUUGGUGUUUGAGGUUACGGUGUGCUUACUCUUUUUAAGGAAGCAUUCCGUUUAGUGGUUUUUUUUUUUUUUUUUUUCAUUUCUCACUCAAAGGGUACAUGAACUUGGGAGCAAAACGAGCUUACUCUUGUUCAAAUGGGACAAGCUCGUAUACACUCCAAUGUACUUAACAAUAUAGAAUAAUAAAAACUCAGCAACGUAUUAUGUGUUAUUGGUA